UGUUCUAACGGGAGUCACCCAGUGAGUAAGAAGCGUUUAGUGUCGCCGAAAGUCCUGCUUUUGGCGCAAUUAAGGUCCAUUGUUACUUACGUUAUAAAAAGCUAUGAGGGAAAAGGAACGAAGGAGUAGCCGUGUGUUUGUGACUAAUCAAAGUGUGGAUUUUAUUUUGAUUUGAUUAGGUGAACAAUUAAGGUGCAGUCUCACGUCUGAGUUUGGGGAAAAAAUGACAGCCGAUCAGCUUUCAUUUUGGGAUCCAACUGUCAUUAUUACUACAAUAUUUGCCUUGCUGCUAUUCUCCUAUUGGUAUGGAACAACUGGCUUCUCAGUUCUUCAGCGUCUCAAGGUUCCGGGGCCGAAACCUAUUCCAUUCGUUGGGAAUAUUCUCGAUGUUCGUAAGUACGGCAGCGUUCACUUGAUGAUGCUCGAUUAUGCUAAGAAAUACGGAAAGGUCUUCGCUGUUUCGCUCGGAAGAAAACCCUCUCUAGUCGUCGCAGACCCAGAAAUGCUGAAGAGUGUCAUGGUGAAGGAUUUCAUGUCGUUUCACAAUAGAAUGAUACCAUUACCUCCUCCACCAAUGAAUGCAAAUGUGUUCUCCGCGCGUGACGAGACUUGGAAGCGGAUUCGCAACAUUUUGACGCCAUCGUUUAGCUCCAAGAAAAUGAAACUUAUGGUUCCUCUGAUAGAAGAGUCGUGCGAUAUAUUUCUGAAGGAACUUGAUCAAAUUGCUGACACGGGUAAGAGGAUGAUAGAAUAGAUCAUGAUUGUAGUUCUGACGGUGCAUGUUCUUAUGAACAACAAAAGCGCUCAUCCCGCGAUGUAUGAUUCAUCGCCAACCUGCCGGAUAUGAGAUUUUUUUGUCAAGCGGCCAAUUUUCGUGGUGAAAAAAAGCAAAGCUUAUUUAUCUGCUUAAUUGUGAUUUGCAGAUAACUACAAUGUACUAAGGAUAACGAAAAUCGAUUUGAAAAUCGAAAAUCGAUGUUUAACGGAAGUGUGUGACGCUUUUGAAAUCGAAAGGUGACCAAACGAGCGGGAGCGAACGGCACCUCCCUUCUCAAUGUAAUCCCCGCUUCUUUGGCUGUUGACAAUACUCUAUCCACUAGCUGCCCUCCACAAAAAAGACCAGUCAAGUCCAGUCCAGAUUUUCCAACCAGCUGUGCGGACGUCAUCAACAGAAUAGGGACUUUAAGAUCCAACGACGCGACGGCGACAAGAACGUCGCUUAAAAAGUGAAUUUGCGUUCUUUCAGUCUUUAUAGCGAUUAUUCCUACCCACUUACUUUGUAAAUUGUAGGCGAACCCUCCUGAAGCUGAAUUUCAAGGGACCAUAUCCAAGCUCAGAAAGAAAAAUAAAAUUUCGUCGUUGGUUGUUUACGUCCUCCAUAAAACGCGAAAUUAGGCAUUUUCACGUCGUAGUCGUGCAAAAACGGGAAAGAAAUGUACAAAAAAGUGUGAUGCACGUGCGAAGUUGUUGUUUUGCUAAUUAAACCUAUUGUUUUUUUGACGUCCUCGUUGUCGUCCGCGUCGUUGGAUCUUAAAGUCCCUAGUUGACGUGAGUCAAGAGAGAAUAUGAGCUGUUUGACCUGAUCAACCUCGUCACUCUCCAGGGUUCUCUUCUACCCAUAGGAGAGGACAAGGCUGUUUCCUGAUUAGUCAUAGAUAUUUGUAGCGGUCUGCCAGUUCCACUUACGCAAGUGAAAGCUGGCUUCGUUGCGUUGAGUGAACGACAAUUCAGCAAUGCAUUUCCGUGAUAACAGGAUUGCUGAAUGGGAUGAAUACAUACUGGACUGGACUGGGCUGGACUGGUGGCUCCUUUUGAUUCACUCUUGUCACUGUAGUAAAUUAUUUCGCUGUAUUGCUACUAUACAAUUCCUGGCUUUUGCAACCAUUCAAAUGUUCCGACUGUCGUGCCGUAAGUAUUUCAUUUUGUUGCCAUGUCCUUGAUUCGAGUUAAAGUUGAUAUUAGGCAGUUUCCAUGGCAAUAUUCCAAAAAUAUUUUUUUAUUUUAAUUUCUUUGUAGGAAAGACAGUGAAUGUUAUGGACUGGUUCAGUAAGUUGGCUUUAGAAGUUAUCUUCUCGACUGCUUUUGGUAUCAAAGCAGACGUACAAACCGAUCCAGACGAGAAACUUCUUAAGAAAGUAAGGAGCGCCUUUUCAUUUCCGUUUAUAUUACGCAUCCUUAGUCGCAUUCCCAUCCUUAGUACGGUUCUAAAGCUUUUAUUAAGUCUUAGAUCCAAUAUGGGCUAUUUUGGAAAGGUCGCUUUGGAGAUUAUUCGUCAGCGUCGGGAGUCUGGGACCCCGGAACGUCAGGAUCUCAUGCAGCUUAUGCUAAAAGCGCAGCAAGAGUCCAACGUUGAUGGGGUCAGCAAAAUCACUGAUGAGGAAAUCGUCGCCCAGUGCAUAGCAUUCCUCCUUGGAGGUCACGAGACCUCGAUGAUAUCACUUUCCACUUCCGCGUACCAUUUGGCUUUAUACCCGGCUGUCCAAGAAAAGCUGCGAAAGUGUAUUUGUGAAUACAUGGAGGCGAACCCGAGCACUUCAUUUUAUGAGAUAUCACAAGGCAUCGAAUACCUUGACUGUGUCAUAAACGAAACGCUGAGGGUGUUCCCGCCGGCGCAUCAACUGAAUCGCGAGUGCACCCAAGAUUGCGUCGUCAACGGCAUUGCAAUCCCCAAAGGCAUCGAAAUAAUUAUACCUUUCUAUACUCUUCAUCACGACCCUGAUGCCUGGGAAGACCCGGAGAAGUUUGACCCCGAGCGAUUCCGAAGCCCUGCCAAAGAAACCCGACACCCAUAUCAGUUCAUGCCAUUCGGAGCAGGCCCAAGGAUAUGUCUUGGGAUGAGGCUCGCCCUGAUGGAGGUUAAGAUACUGUUGGUAAAAAUCCUGUUGAAAUACAAGUUUGUGCGAUCACCCGAGACUCAAGUGCCUAUGGCCAUGCAUGCUGGUAAUACCCUGGCUCCAAAAGAUGGGGUUCAUUUGAAGAUCGAGUCUAUUUAGUGUAACGUUAUCGAAAUUUACCAAAAACAUUAACCCAUCAUAAUCAAAUUUCGCAAGCCUCACGCUAAGGCCAUCUAAGCAGAGAAUAAUAUGGAAAGAUAAUACUUUUUACUCUCUUAGGAAAUUGUAUAUUGGUUCUGAAAAACCAUUUUAUGGAGAACAAGAAAGCUCUUACAGCGGCGUUCAGUCUGACUUGCUUGGAGGUUAGAUCGAGAAAUGAGGAGGCGAUUAAUUGUACACGAAACAAGAUUUACUCGCUAGAAGUUUUUUACUUCCUACUUUAUCGACGUCGAUACUUUUUAUUUGUUUCUGAACUGAUUUAGUAGGCGUGUUAGCGACGACCGGAAAUACGUCUGCGGUCGCAGGGUAUACGCGUGUAUUAUUACACGAAAAUUGAAGGGCCUCGAUUACAGCGAAUAAUAUCAUUACCAGAGUUCAAAAAAGUGAUUUACAUGGCACGUUAUUUCAAUCAUCACCGAAAGUAAACCGCAUACUCAUCACAAGACCCAUUUGCAUCCAAUGAAAGUUUUCACCUUCCGACCAUCGCAGUUUUGCUAAUCAAGAUUCUUUUUUUUUUCCGACCACUUAGUGUUCACUUGUUCCAAAGUAAUCAACGUUUUGAAGCGAUACAAUUCGUCGACCGACAGGUUUUGGAAAAGCUCUAAAUUUAAUCUUUCCUAAGCUUUAUUCACCAAACGUGCUUGGCUUCGAUCACGCAACGAUUCCUAUUCCUAUUUUCCACGGUCUCCGCCAGGAACGCCAGGCACAAUGACUCCCCUUUCGUGUCAUAAAUACGAAGAAAAACGCGUUAAAGAUUAUGAGUCCUGCUGCUUACGGAAGGGAGACUAAUAAUAAAAAAGUUAUUUGUAUUUGUUUUUUAUACACGGAUAAGGUACGAUUAGACAAGUUUAGCUAUAAUUAAGCAAGGCCUGAAGGCGAUUUUACAAGGAG